AUGGAAAAAGAGGAGCUGAAAACGGUAUCCAUCCCAUGGAAUUCGAUUUUGAUCCCAGCACCGUUACGUCUGAACAUUCUCUUAUUUUUGGCUGUAUGGUUAUGGAACUGGAUAUUGAAUUUCCUGGCUAAAUACCAAAUUGAUGCUGCUUCUGUUGUGAGAAUCAAGGAUCCAUUGGACAUGCAUCCAACACCAAGUCAUGCAAAAUUGCAAAUGCAAUCACGUAAGUUCGCAGUUAAAACGACAAAGAUAAUCGUUCCUACACAUAUUAUUGCGACGCUGAUUGUAUUAUGGGGAAACCAAAAUAUAGAGAAAAACUCUUUACUUCAAUGGGUGUUAUAUUUGGUACCUUUCUCCGAAUUUGUUUUGUUAGCCUCUUUAAUACUUCGAGAAUCGGAGAUUAUCCUAUACUGUAUCAAGAGACUGAUAUUGAUUGAGUCUACGCCCCGUCCAUUGCGUAACACAUAUAUUUUACUAUCAGAUUCCCUGACUUCCUUUGCUAAGCCAUUGAUUGAUUUUACUCUUUAUACAUCGUUAGUCAUUGCAAUCCCAAUGGAUCACUUUGAUCUCUUUGUUGCAUCCUUACCUGUCCUUAUUAGAAUCUUCCAAUGUUUAAAAGAAUACCGUGCUGUUGGAGAUAAGUCAAUGCUUGGUAAUACUGUAAAAUAUUGUUCUAAUCUUCCAAUCUUAGCAUGCGUUUGGUACUCCAGAGUACACGGCGGAUCCUCUGAAUGGAACCAAACUCUAACUAUGUGGCUACGCCUUUUCCAUUCAUCUUAUUCAUUGUUUUGGGAUGUUAAGAUGGAUUGGUUUAUUGAUAUUUCCAGUAGAAGGCUAAGGUCCACUAAAUUGGCAUUACCAACCACGAUAUACUACGUCGGAAUUUUGAUAGAUUUUAUAAUCAGAUAUUGGUGGGUCUGGGUUCAAUGGUAUGGAGCCAGCAGUUACUUUAAUUUCAUUUUUUUCGAUUCUGAAUUGCAAUACUUGGAAGUAUUCAGAAGGGCCAUAUGGGUAGUUUUUAAAUUAGAGUCGGAAUAUGUACUUAAAUUAUUUUCUAAAUAG